CUUAACAUAGGGCACAGGCACUUUAGCUAGGUGCACAGCGCAAGGGCCGUGUAGGAUGGCCCUGUCCUAAAGCUACGCGUAUUCAAUUGGGUAGAUAGGCGAUGACGGAGGAAGUUGGAACAGAGGAGGAGCUUGGAAGAAGGCGACCGAAAGGCGGAGGUUAGGUGAGACCUUGAGGCGGAGGUUAUCAAUCGCCGUGCGGAACUUAUACAUCGCCGAGCGGAAGUUACGGGCACAUCUAAUAACACACAUCACUGUCCGCUUAGGACCCAACGCACUCCGACGGAGCAUUGGUAUCCAACAGACAUAUUAUAUUAACUUCCAGGUUGGUUCACGUUUAAAAGACAUCAGCAUCUUUUACUGCACAUACUCCCCAAGGCAAGCCAAGCUUUCCAAUCUUGUCUUCUGUUUGCAACCAUUUUUAAUCAAGGGAAGCAACAUGUCGCGGCCAACGACUCGAGGCGCAACGGACUUGGCCGCAGAAGAUUCAGCUGACUUGGAGAAACAAAAAUCUAGCAAUCCUUCUCGCCAUGAUACGCCCAAGACAAAUCAGCUGGAUGGAACAAAUUCCAGUCAGCAGCCGUCCACCUCGACCACAGCCCUCAUUUUGAUCUCGGUCUUUCUAAGCCUCCUCCUCGUUGGGCUUGACAGAACAAUCGUCUCAACUGCAAUACCUCGCAUUGCCGAUGAAUUCCAUUCGCUCGACGACGUGGGUUGGUACGGUAGCGCAUACCUGUUAACGUGCUGCGCGUUCCAGCUUCUAUUCGGCAAAAUCUACGCCUUCUACUCUGUGCGAAUCACUCUGGUAACGAGUAUCCUGUUAUUCGAGAUCGGCUCCGCUCUCUGCGGAGCUGCUCCGAGCUCGUCUUCCUUCAUCGCCGGAAGAGCAAUCGCAGGGGUUGGUGCCGCUGGCAUCUUCGCAGGCACUGUUGUGUCUAUCGUCCAUGUGGUUCCUCUAGCAAAACGUCCAAAGAUCCAAGGUUGUAUGGGCGCCGUCAUGGGCGUCGCCACGAUCGUCGGUCCUCUGGUUGGCGGCGCCUUUACAACGCAUGUAACAUGGAGGUGGUGUUUCUACAUCAACUUGCCCUUUGGGGCUGUGGCCAUCGCCGUCAUACUCGUCUUCUUUAAAGUCCCGAACCGAGAUUCAAGUAAGCAGCCCUGGGUGGAGAAGAUCAAGCAGCUAGACGGGCCCGGGACGGCAUUGCUGGUCCCUGGUGUCAUCUGCCUCCUGUUAGCGCUUCAGUGGGGCGGCCAGACGUAUGCCUGGAGCAAUGGACGAAUCAUCGCAUUGUUGACUUUGCAGGGAGUGCUGCUCCCUGGAUUCGUCGCGGCCCAGAUAUGGCUUCCAAAAACCGCGACGGUGCCUCCCCGCAUUCUCAAAUAUCGGAGCGUUGCGGCUGGGUUAUGGGCAACGACCUGCAUCGCUGCUUCUCAAUACAUAUUCAUCUACUACCUCCCCAUCUGGUUCCAAGCCAUCAAAGGCGUCCCCGCUGUUGACUCCGGUAUCCGUAUCCUGCCGCUGAUGCUGGCCUUUGUCCUCGCCUCCAUCCUGGGCGGAGCCAUAAACCAAAAGAUCGGUUACUACACGCCUCUCGGCAUCGCUGGCGUUUGCAUCAUGGCGACUGGAUCCGGUCUGCUCACGACCUUGGAGAUCGACACCGGCAAGGGCAAAUGGAUAGGCUACCAAGUCGUCUACGGCCUCGGCAUGGGCUUCUGUUUCCAAACUUCCAACCUAGCCACGCAGACGGUUCUUCCGAAACGCGAUGUACCCAUUGGGAUGGCACUGAUGUUUUUCGGUGGGCUCAUAGGAGGCGCUGUCUUUGUGUCGGUUGGGGAAAAUGUGUUGGGGAAUCAGCUGUUGGAACGGCUUUCUGGGCUUCCCGGAUUCAACCGUGGGCUCGUCACAUCGGGCGGUGCGACCUCGUUGAUUAACUUGGUGCCUGCCGAUCAGAAGGAAAUGGUCCUCGUCGCUUAUAACGAGGCGCUGCGGAGGGUGUAUCAGAUUGGCGUAAUUGUUUCCUGUCUGGCUGUCCUUGGUAUAGGCUCAUUGGAGUGGAAGAGCGUACUGAAGCAAUCGGAAAAGAACGAUCGAGCUGAAAGGGAUAGUGCGGUCAAAGAGAAGGUAGAAGGAGACCUGCCCGACAAAGUACAAUCUCAGUCGGCACAACAGGAUGUUAAAGAUAGUAGGGUGUAGAUUAGGAGUAUGUAGGGAGCGCUGAUUACCCGUAGACUCUGUAUAU